CCAACCCCAAAGAAAGAAAGAAAAACAACAAUGGCAGAUGUUAAGCUCCUAGGAACAUGGCCCAGUCCAUUCAGCUACAGAGUGAUUUUAGCACUCAAGCUGAAAGGAAUAGACUACGAGUACAUCGAGCAAGACCUAUCCAACAAAUCUCCCCUGCUCCUCCAAUCCAACCCCGUCUACAAGAAGAUCCCAGUCCUAAUCCAUGGCGGAAACCCCAUUUCCGAAUCCAUGACAAUCCUCCAAUACAUAGACGAGUCGUGGCCCGAAACCCACCCGUUGCUGCCCGCCGAUCCCUACGGGAGAGCCGUGGCUCGAUUCUGGAUCAAAUUCGCCGAGGAGAAGCUGAGCUCUGCCUCUAUGAUAUUCAGGACUUCAGGGGAGGAACAGGGGAAGGCGGUGAGGGAGACGGUUGAGGUGAUGGAAAUUCUCGAGGAACAUGCUUUUGGGUCGCUCAAGGAGAAGGGUUUUUUCGGUGGGGAGAAGGUGAACAUGGUGGAUCUUGCUUAUGGCGUGAUGGGUCGUUGGUUCGAUGCGAUUGAGGAGUGUAGCGGGGUGAAAGUGAUCGAUCCCCUGAAGUUUCCCCUGUUCUGUGGUUGGGCUGAGAGAUUCAAUGAAGCGCCUGUGAUUAGGGAUAAUCUUCCUGGGAGGAAAGAGCUGGUUGAUUUCUACAAACGUCGUAGGGAGAUGAUGCUUGCUGCUGCUGCUGCUGCAUCUAACUGAAGAAACCUUCAGUUUCUGAUCUCAAGGUUUUAUUGGAUGUGUCUCUUCUUUUGUGUGUUGUAUGGGUUGGUCCAUUUGUGUCCUCUGUUACACUUUUCCGGGGUGUUGUGUUCUGGAUGUUGAGAGAAUAAAUUACAUGACAUUUCAUGUUUCUCGGGAUUGUCUUGCCCUUGAGAUGUUUUCUGGUUGUUCUUUUUUGAAGUUCUCUGGUUAUUGUAUUUGAUGAUUAAUGCAUGCUGUGGUUUUAAGAUAUUGUUGCUCUUAAGACAAUGUUCACAAGAAUGAUAUUUGAUAUUUACUCAAUGUUUUUUAGAAUCGAUCUUAAGUCAUUACGACUCAGUAUGAAGAUUUCUAAGAGUACUCCGCUGCUUUAUACAAUUAUUUAUAGAAGAAGAUUUCUUCAACUAAAGAAAGUGUAGUCUUUUGUUAUUCCAGUCUACUUGUUGCAAGUUUUCUUCAUAUCUAGUCGAAAACCAUCUUUGAUAACCAUUCGUUUUGAUUUAGUCUUGCAAUCAUAAUCUUUGAGAUAACAUUGUAUAUGAAAUUGCAACACCCCGAUUGAUGAUCGCACUGAGACACUCUUUCAAGGUUUGAUAUUUUUGGAGUUAACACCUAAUGACUAUCAUUCCGCACCUCUUUCGAAGUUGCAACAUUUUUUGUUGUUUCCCUUUGGGAGCUCAUCAACUAUGGCUAUACAUUGAUAAUGGAAAGGAUAAAUUGUUGAGAAAAGAUAAAAGAUGGAAAGAUAUUGUCAGGUGGGAUUUGCCUAUACAGAAAUUCAUCUUCCAUAUAAAAAAAUUUCUUUGUUUCGUCAAUCAUUUCAAUUUGUGAAAAAACAUUAGACUUGUGCUGGUAAUCACAUAUCGACGAUGAACACCCAAUGAGGCAGGGAGGUGAGAGCCAUACGAGUCAUGUUUGAGAAGAGGAGUUUCGCGUUUGAUGAACUUAUGGAAAAAGGGAACAUAAUUAGAAAUAUGAUUCGUUGAGUUAACCGUGUAGAGAUAAUUUUAUUUAACGUAAUAGGUUAUAAUUUAUGUUCAAAUCUCGUAUUCUACAACCUAAUGGGUUUCAGUUUUAACACUUUUUCUCUCAAACCAAGGGGACUCCCUUUGUUGUAAUAGGGAAUUCUACAGACUACAUAACGACGAGUUCGACAAUGUUGGCAUCCAGAUUUGCUCGCAGAACGCAACACAAAUUCACAAUGGAAAAAGAAAACAAUUUGUAUGUUAGAGAAUUAUCCAACUAGGUUGUCAACUCGAUUUAAUCUAUUGGCCCAGUCUAGCAAGUGGAUAAAUGGUUAAUGGUUUGAGCGAUUUAGUCUAAUUUAGCCCGAAUACAUGAAGAAGUCAUUAUAUUUUUCAUUCAUAUAUAAAUUGUAUCAAAUCUCAUAUAACAUAUGAGUAAUAACAUAUAAUAUCAUACCAAAAUAACAGUGUGUACUUGAAUCCAACGUAUAGUAAAAAUAAAAAUAAAAACACUUAAAUCCACCAUAUAAGUUCGUGACUGAUACCUUGAAUGAAAUGGAACAACCUUAGGGAUAUCGAUAGAACUCGUGAUUAGAAGAGUUGGAAUCUAUCGUUUUUGCCUUUACUCAGAAGGUUGAAGACGGUUUUGCCAGAUUUUGACUGUUUGAAGAGUAUUUAAUGAAUCUGGACCAAUUCC